CUUGGUAUGCACAUGAUUUUACGCGAUAACUACUGUUCAUAUGAUAGUGAUAUUAAGACAUGCUCUAUAGGAAUUUGUAAUAUUAUUAAUUAUUGCCGUGGCCCAAACUGACAGUAAUUAUAUAUGUAACGAUAACAAACAAAAUCAUACAUGCCAUACCAUAAAAGGGGUGCGUUAAUUUCCUUCAGUCAUCAAAAACAUUUGUGCGACAAAUUUGGAAGCCUGAUAGGCAGCCUUUGACAUCCAUCAACUUACUUUAUACUACAAAUAAAUGACUACUAUUUCUUUAUUCAUUUUCAAGAAACUUACCCAGAUUUCUGCUUCUUUUAUGUAGAGAUUUAGAAGCGGGGAUAUACAUUAAUUCAAAAUUCUGUCCGAUAUUGAGUGGAAUUAAAGAAACGUCCCUUCUUCUUCCUAGAAUUUCUUCAGUUUCAAGCAAUCUAAAUUCCGAGGCAGCUUUGAAAAUGGAGAAGCUUCUCAAUCCAUACGAUAAGGAAUACAUGAAGAUGGCCAUGUUAAAGCACGAGGAAAUCUUCAGAGAGCAGGUGUACGAACUUCAUCGUCUAUAUCAAACCCAGAAGUUACUGAUGAAAAACAUUUCAAGUAGCCGGCAACGAGUGAAAGAUCAAGUGGUAAACCAUCAUAAUAAUAUUCUUGAUUCAAACAAGAAGAUCCGUCAAUGUUUUGACUUGGAAAUAAGGCCAAAUGAUCAAGAGCAUAUUGCAGAAUCAGUUGGUCAAGAUAAUAUUAUUGAAGAUGAGACUGAACUCGAGUUAACUUUAGGCCUGUCAAGUUACAACCGCAGGAGAAAAAUAGCUAAUUCUGAUUCUGCACCAAGUUUUUCUUCUUCUAAUUCCACGGGCUCUUCUAGCCAAAUUAUAAAGCCUUCAACUUCAGCAAGGAAUCCAAGAAAUGAUCUAAAUGGCCAUAAAUGGGGACUUGAGAAUUUACCCGUCUCGAAUCCGAGUUUCCAGCUUGGUGCAAGACAAACUAAUCCAAAUGUUGAAGAGCAAUUUAGACAAGAUUCAUUGAAUAAUCCUCCUUGGCUUUUUCAAGUUUUGAGUUUGAAUAUGACUUGAAAAAAAACAAAAACAAAAAAGUACAUUUGAUCUAUGCAUGAGCUGAUGAUCAGUCGGUGUGAGAAGAUUUUAAACUUCAUCCUACCGACUACUUCUGUGAUUUAAUUUGUGUGAAUCUUAGUAUAUUUUGUUUCACCUGCAGGAUCAAAUUUAUCUUAUGAUCGGUCCUAUUUGCUUCACUAACGAUAUUUUUGGGAUUUGAGAGCUACCCAAAUUAAAGUAGCUUAGAUUUGAGUUCUUGGAUAUAUAAUUGACUAGUCGUCUGUACUUAAACUCACAACAUAUCUAUAUGGGAAUCUUAUGUGAUUGCCCUACGCCGCGAGAAUUGAGUCUGUAAUAUCACAUCAAUUCCCUGAAGCUAUCUUUGUUAGAUUAAACUUGAGGAUGGUUUGUUCCCUUUAUUUCAUUCAA